AUGAAAGCCUUGAAAAUGAUGACAGUGUGCACCAUUGCAUUCGCAUGUCAACUCUCAAACGCCCAACUAGUCUUACCAACAGGACUAGAGCUAUAGAGAUUGCUAAGGUAUGGACUUUAGCCUUAAGUCAUAGUGUAUCCAGAUGUUGAAGCUGUGUAAACUAUGAGGAAUAGAGAGUAAAGAACUGAUAUUAUUCCUAAACAAUGGUAUAUUGACCACUAUGCUGGAAUUGUUGCUCCAAUAGUUAUGGCUUCAAAUUCUGUUGAUGCCAUAACCAAGACUUAAAAGGCUGUUGAUUUUCUCCUAACAAGAAACUACUUCAACAGCGAUCAAAUUAAGUUCCUUACAGAAAUGAAGAAUGAAUGUGUUUAAGACAUGAAGAUGUCUGCAUAAUAGAUUAGCUUGACUUUCCCCUAAAGAUUUGAAAAUUUGGUUGCCUAACAUAGUACAGGAAUCAACUCAGAUUAGCGCCUCUCAACUUUAGUUGAGAAGGUUAGAGACCAAAUAAAACAAUCAAUGACUACCGCUUAAGUCUAUGAACCAAAUGUAUCUGCAAUAGAUCUUCUUCCAUAUUAAUAUCGUUUUGCUGAAUUAUACGGCCAACAUUGA